AUGCAUAUUGGAUCGGUCUCUUCGCAGAUGGCGGGAUCUCUCUGGUUUGGCGGAUACGAUCAGAACAGGUUGAUCGGGGACGUUUUGGUGGCAGACGAGGACUUCGUUCGGAGUCCAAUAACUCUCAAAGAUAUCGCUAUUGAUGUCAUACAAGGAGCUUCGCCGUUCGAAUUCACCGCCAAGAGUGGUCUCUUAGCCGCAGGGAAUACCUCUAUCGCCAACGGGCUCCCGGUGGCUGUUGAUGGAUGUUCCCCGUACCUUACUUUACCAAGAUCAACCUGCGACAACAUUGCUGCGAAUCUCCCGGUUACUUUCAACGCCGAUCUCGGGUUGUAUAUCUGGGACGCAGAGUCUACAAAAUAUCGCCAAAUUGUUUCGUCAGCAUCAGCAUUAUCUUUCACCUUCCUCUCCGACUCGAACACGAAGACGACUACGGUCCGUGUGCCGUUUUACCAUCUCAACUUGACGCUAUCCGAACCCCUCGUCGAUUCACCGAUGCAAUACUUUCCUUGCUUUACUGGCGGCCCUGGCACAUACAACUUAGGUCGAGCGUUUCUCCAGGACGCGUUUCUCGGUGCAAAUUGGGGGCAGUCUAAGUGGUGGCUUGGUCAGGCGCCUGGACCCAACAUCCAGCUGUCUCCAAGCGUCAUUGAGAUUACCGAAGAUGAUGUUUCCAUCAAAAGUGGCAGCAAUGAUUGGGAACGAUCGUGGGAGGGAGCUUGGAAGGCCUUGACCGAAGACGAGGCAAACGGCACCACUACCGUAGAACCUCCCGUGCAGUCUGGCGUGUCGAGCAAUGACGGUCAGAAAGAAGACUCUGCUGUUCUUUCAACGGGAGCCAAGGUAGGCAUCGGUUUGGGUUGUUCUGUGGCAGCGCUUGCUGGUUUUGGCGCGUUGGCCUUUUUCUACUAUCGACGGAGGAAAGCAAAAACUGUAAUAUUGGAUCAAACGGUCAUGGCUGAAUAUCAGAAGGGCCCUGCAGAGAUGUAUGGCUCUUCCCCUAGCGAUAUGACACCUAUGAGUGAGCUUGAAUCGCGGCCAGUGCCAAAACAAGCAUCUCAUGAUCCGGUGGAGUUGCCGUAG